AAUGUCGCUGAUCUACAAGGACUAUCAGCGCCGGACCUAGAAGUAAUGCCUAGCGCUCCGUUUUAAAGUAUCCGCCUGAGCGGCCUGGCUUAUCUCUUACGUGCUUAGAUAGCGUUUCGCCCCAUCCGGAUGGCAGGAUGAGCAGGAUGCCAGUUAAUACAGCCAUUAUGGCGCCGAGUGCUCAAACAUCCACCAUGUACACCACAUAUUCACUCAUCGUAUCACUCCUCACGGUGUCUAGCCUAUGCGCUCCUGCCCCAGCAGCGACGUCGUGUCCUGACAUCCACAUUUUCGGCGCCCGCAACACUGGCACUUCCCAAACGGGCACCCAGAAGGGCUACGGUGCCGCCUACCCCUUUGUUACCGACAUCCUCAACGCCUACCCAGGAUCCACCGCCGAAGCGAUCAUAUACCCGGCAAACGGCACGGCCAGCCUGACCGACGCCACAUACAAGGCCAGUGUGCGCGCCGGCGUCGCAAACCUCACCGCCCAAGUCAAGUCGUUCGCCGGGCGAUGCACGGCCACGAAACUCGUGCUCGUCGGCUACUCGCAGGGCGCAAAGAUCAUCGAUGACGCGCUGUGCGGAGGAGGCGACCCGAACUCGGGCAUCUCCGACACCGCGGCAACGAUUGCGCAGUUCAACAUCAAGGCCGUCCUCCUGCCGGGCGACGACCGGUUCACGCCCGGGGAGAGCUUCCAUGUAGGGAACGCGACGCACGGCGGGUUCGACGCGCGGCCGGCGGACCAGGUCAGCUGCGGGAAGUACGAUGCGGCGAUCCAGCUGUACUGCGAUGCGGAGGAUGAGUUUUGUAGCAAUGGCACCAGUCUGGCGGUGCAUAAUGGGUAUUACAAGGAGUUUGGAAGCAAGGCGUUGGCGUUUGUGAAGAGUAGGCUGGGGUGACCUGAAGGCGAGGACGCGCGUGAGGGGAGAGGUAGGAGGGGCGGAGGGGAGAAGACGAGAGCGGGAUGUGGUG